GAUGCUGUUGAAUCACCUAAAAGUCCCAGAAAGAGCAGUCAAAUGGGGCACCCUGAGGUUACAAACACUGAAAUCAACCAGUGCACAAGUUUACCCUCUCUAGGUACCAGAACCGAAGAACUUGCUGUUGACCUUAGACCUCUAGAUGGUCCUCCAUGUGACUUCUCCCUCUCUAAAUCCGACUUCCUUGCUGAUGCACCAGAACAUGAUAUUAAUGUAAUUGCCGGCCAGGAGAUAGAUGGUGAGGGAAGUAAACAAGAUAAUGGAGUUAAAACUUCAUUGGAUGUUGCAGACCCUCCCUACAAAACUGCAAGCAAAGCAUCCGAGGCUGAAUCUAAGUUACAAGUGACUGGUGGAGAAACUUCAGUUCCUUUGGCAGUGGAUGAAUCAAAGCAAGAGACAAGAGAAUUGGAGAUUCCUGUGUCCGAACAUGAUUUUCCUCCUGAAAUUAACUCUGCUGAGCAUGAAACUUCCAUUAACAUGGUGCAAAUCAAAGAAGAUUCUUCCCAGGACCUGGAUGUUGGUAGUCGUGGUGAUUUAGUGAAAAAGGGGGAAGGGAAGGAAGACAUGCAUGUGAUUUUGGUGGCCAAUUUGCCUGCAGCAGACCAGCCUGAGAUUUUGGUAGGCGAUUACAAAGACCAUAAAGGAGUGAAAUGUAGCCUUCCUCUAACCCUAGGCUCUGCCGAAGAAAUUAGCCAUGUAGAAGAUGAUAACAAAGAUAUGGCUUAUGAUGAGAUUCUUUCCAGUUCUGAAUCAAAUAAGUCCAGUGUAAGCACACACACCUUUUCUGCAGAUAUGAAUGCUGUGGAAGGAAACAUUAAACAGGAGGGUGGAGAAAAGCACAUAGUCGAGGUGCCUAUCAAAGGGGGUGCUGAUACUUCUGAAUCCAAGGACAAAGGAAGUGAAAAUCUUGGAUCCAAUGGCUUAGAAGCCCCCGCAGAUGCAUCUAGGAGUGAGAGACAGAAAAUGCAAGCAAAUUCUUGUGCUGAAGGAUUGCAAACUCGUUCUUUUGAUGGUGAUGAAGUUAAUAAUUCAACCAACUUAAAUGAUGGUAACAAUGCUGAUGAUCAUGAAGUAGAUAAAAUUCCUAAGUGUGAAACUGCUGGAAAUGAAAGCAGGGAAGGAGUUAAAGAGGAAGAACAUUCAUUAAACACAGAUAAAACCCUCGAAUCCAUGGAAAAGUUCUCUAUGUCCACAGUUGAUCAAGCUAUUAACUUAGUUGCAGGAGAUGAUAAAGAUGAUCAUGAUAACUUAGUUGCAGGAGAUGAUACAGAUGAUCAUGAAAAAGCUAGAAUUGAACAAUCUGAUACAGCCGAGAAUGGAAAAACAGAAGCAGCAGCUGGAGUGGAAAAAUGUGCCAUAAAGAGAGAAACAGUAAUUGAAUCUUCUCAUGCGGUCUUGGAGACAACUUGUUUGGACAGUGUUCCAGAUUUGACUAUUUUUGAUAUUGAUGCAAGCUUGGUGAAUACGAGACAAAACCGGUCAAAUUUACAAAAAUGCCCCGAUGAAGUUCCUCAGCAAGCCACCAAAGAGCUUGAAACCACUAAUGAUACUCGAGUACCGGCAGAGCAUGUUGAUAAAGUCAGUAUGGUAGCUGAAUUAGAUCACAGAGGUGAUAGUGAGACACCAGAGAAAAAUUCAGAAAACACCUUUUCAAAAGGGCCUGGACCUCUGCCUGUUGAAUCCGAGAUUGCCAUUGAAAGUUCUCUCAGUGGUGAAGAAAGUCACAAUGCAGAUGGUGUUGGGGGUGCUUCUGGAGCUAGUUCUGGACGCUUGCAAGAGGGAGAUGGUGGCAAGGUCAGCAAACAAGGAGUUGCCGCAGUGUAUAUAUCAGCUGAUUCAAGUAGCCUAAGUGACAGUUUGGAAGGCAACUGGGGAUCGGUUUCAGUGCUUUCCACCCAGUCAGAUGCACUAGCAGUUGUGGAUGGUGAAGCUUUACCUUCAACUGAUUCAAAAGCAGCAGAAAAAUCAGAGAAAGCUAAUGUACAAAUGCCAAAAACUGCACCUGAGGGACACCAUUCUAACAAAUCAUCAGAUGUUUUUGAGCACCCAUCUUUCAUGACAUUGGUGGAACCUGAAGGUGGGGUAGACCUGAAAACUGCUGCUUCUGAAAUCCAGACAGUAGGCAACGCUCAACGGCCAAAAUCUGAAGCUUCACAAGCUGGGUGGUUUCCUUCUAUUGCUAAUGUUGUAAAUGAGUCGCAAGGAAGAAAGAAAAACGAAGAAAUAAUUGCAAAGGUGACGAACUGGAGCACUGGGAAUCAACACACUCCUUUGAGCUCUCUUCUUGGUGAACACGCCGCUGAGACCAAAACAAAGUCACCAAAUGCGAAACAAACACCAACUGUGAUUCAGAAAGAUGAAGCCAAUGCGAAAAACAAUGUUCCUGCAGUAACAACUGUGAACUCAAUUCUCGGUUCUGACCGAGCUGCCAAGAGAGAAGCAGGGAAGGAAUGGAACUCUCCAGCAAGGUUUCCAACCGACAACAAGAAAGAGAAGAGGAAAGCUAAGGGGAAACCACUCUUCCCUUUUAUAUGCUGCUAUUCGGUAAAUUAGAACCUGUUAAACUCUAUUUACCUUUGUGAAGAUUUGGAUCGUUGUCGGGUAAAUCAUGCUCUACCCUUUUUUUAAAACAAGUUUGUGCAGGUGAACUUUGGUACAAUGUUGAUUGAAGCCUAAUGCAUAUAUAGGAGAAGCUGGCACCAACUUUUCUGUAUAAGGUUCAUGUCCAUAGAUACUAAGACAUUCUAUUUCAGUUUGGGAGAAAAGUCUAUCAAUUCUGGAUGCUUUUUCCUUUUCCUUCUACCUUUUCCCUCUCCCUUUGGUGAUAAAAAGGCCAUGUUUCUGAAACAUAUACCAACUUGAAAAGCAGUGGUUUUUAAUGUCAUUUUCUAGCAAAAUUCUGAAAAAUAAUAAACACAAGAACAUUUUUUUUCCUGUUUUGUGAAGCAGAGUGUAUCAUAUUUGUAAUUUGGGGAAGGAAAACACAUUGGGGGUGGUGGUGCUGGUGGUUGGGAGCCAAUGCCUCUAACCAUGGAGUAAAUAUUCAAUGUAAUGGUUAUAUUACGUCAACAUUAUCAGAAAUUUCGUCGGGUAACUUU